AUGACAGACGACAAAUCACCCGGUGAGCAGGCACCGGAGGGUGACGACGUGCCCGGUUACAGCCCAGAAGAAGACACGGCAGCCGAGGAGAGCUCACCUCUCAACGUGGAGGAGAAGAAGGAGAAUGGGGAGUGGAGCUCUGUGCCCGGAGACCCAGAAAAGAAAGUCUGUCCUGGAGAUGAAGGAUCCCCUGACACCCCCCCAGCAGAGACAGAGUUUGUACCCCCAGAAGGAGGCUGGGGGUGGAUAGUCAUGCUCGCCGCCAUGUGGUGCAAUGGCGCAGUGUUUGGCAUCCAGAACGCCUGCGGGCUCAUCUUCGUGGUCCUCAUGGAGAAGUUUGGCUCUAAGGAUGAUCACCAUUUGGCCUUUAAAACAGCAUGGGUGAGCUCUUUGGCAAUGGGAAUGAUCUUCUUCUGCUCCCCUGUGGUCAGUAUAUUCACGGAUAGGUUCGGAUGUCGGAAGACAGCAGUAGUCGGAGCCGCUGUUGGUAUAAUUGGACUUCUUUCCAGUUCUUUUGUUGAGAGCCUUGAACCUCUCUAUUUUACCUACGGUAUAUUAUUUGCCUGCGGCUGUUCUUUUGCUUACCAACCAUCUCUUGUUAUCUUGGGACAUUAUUUCAAGAAACGUCUAGGACUGGUCAAUGGCAUUGUAACUGCAGGCAGCAGCCUGUUUACUGUGUCGUUGCCCUUUUUGCUGCGCUUUUUACUUGAUAAGAUCAAACUUGACAACACCCUACGUGUCUUGUGCAUUCUCUUGUUUGUUCUCUUUCUGGCUGGAUUCACCUACAAGCCCCUUAUACCUAGGAAGAGCAGCAAAGGCUUAAAGGUCUUCAAUUUCUCCAUCUUUAAAUCGAAGAGCUACUGUAUAUGGGCAUUUGGAAUUCCAGCUGCACUUUUUGGCUACUUUGUGCCUUACGUUCACUUGAUGAAACACGUAGAAGAGCGUCUGGGACCAGACGUCAGCCAGGAGGUUCUUUUACUAUGCAUUGGAGUUACAUCUGGUGUUGGAAGGCUGAUUUUUGGCAGAGUUGCAGAUUAUAUUCCAGGGGUCAAAAAAGUAUACUUACAGGUGGUAUCAUUUUUCUUCAUUGGAUUGAUGUCAAUGAUGAUUCCACUUUGCCAUAACUUUGGUGGGUUGAUUGCUGUCUGUCUGUUCAUGGGCUUGUUUGAUGGCUGCUUUAUAUGUAUCAUGGCUCCUAUUGCAUUCGAACUGGUUGGACCUCAACAUGUCUCUCAGGCCAUUGGAUUUUUACUAGGAUUUAUGUCUAUUCCAAUGACUGUUGGCCCUCCUGUUGCAGGUUUAUUGCGUGACAGCCUUGGAUCUUAUGAUGUAGCAUUUUACCUGGCGGGUGUACCCCCUAUAAUUGGUGGGAUCAUUCUAUGUCUUAUCCCAUGGGUCCAUGGAAGGACUAUACAGGAGAAAUCAAAAGCUGUGGAUGGAGGAGAAGAAGAGAGGAAUAUGGAUGUUGCCAGCCCAUUAAAACCUGGCACAGCGGAGAAUGAUAAAAAAGAAGAUGUCUCUGUCAUUUAAUUCGCAUUUCUAAUACAAAAAAAACUGUUUUAAUCUUUUUUAACCGUUUUUAUGACAGUGACUGAAUGUUGUAACUGUUGCUAGGAAGCCAAAGCUAUAUGAUCACGCUGAGCUGUUUUCUUGCACAACCCACUGAGCCUGCCAUGCCAAGAUCCCUCUAUGACACCUCAGUGAAACUCCAAGCACAUGUGUGAGUGAUGAGCAGGACUAAUGAGCUGGAAGCUGUGAAUAUCACAGAGAAGUAUUAUUUAUCAUCAGGAAAUCGCUGACUGCUCACUGCUUUACAGCACUGCAAGAGUCGUUGUGUAACAAA